CGCCGCGAGACGCUGAGCCGCCUGGGCCUCCCGGGCCCCCCGCGCGCGGCGUUGCCGCGGAGCCAAGUCCGCGCUCGCACGAUGCCAGCUGCAGGAGCCGAUAUUCUAUCAUUUUUCAUGUGUGGAUUGAAUCCUGGUUAUAACUGUAUGAUGGUAGAGUCCAUUGAAGAGUGGCCAACAUCAAAAUGGAAAUGAAAGAGAAUGCUAAACCCAAGAUACUAUGGAAAAUGAGUUCAUCCAGUGAACCUUUAUCAAUUACUGGGAUAGAAGCCAAUCCCUUGAAGAAAUUCACCAUUCCCAAGAUCAGAAGGACAGCUGGGAAAGUUUAUUUGUCACCUUGUUGCACCAAUUCUAGAGAAUAUAGUUUCAUACAUGAUACCCUUAACCAAUGCCGUCUUGAUGUAAGCUGUGAUCUACAGUCAUCCUGGCAUUUUGGGGAUACAAAACUGGUUCACAAUGAGGAUCUGGAAAAAAAAUUUACUGCUAAGAGGUCAGAAAUGCGUGAGAGUGGAAGACAUGGCAGAGAACUCGAAGAACAUUUCUGCUUUUUAGCACUUCCUCAGAAUGAUGUGAAGGAAAUAUAUCAGAAUGGGAUAAGUACCAAAGCAUCUACAUUGAAGAUAUUAGGAAAUCCUUUUCUUGGCAUUUACAUAUUUAGACACGUUGAUGUUGCCUUGAAUUAUGCACAUAGUAGAAGCAUUACUGUAGCAAGUAUUAUGAUUUUUAAGGUUCUCUUUGGAAAAGUGAAGAAAAUUCAGCCUUCUGUGGAUAAAAACAAAGUUUCUUUGGAUCCUUCUCCUAACUUUGAUUGCCAUAUGUCGAGAAGUAUACCUUCUCUGAAAGAUAACAUUGAGCUACAAGCUUACAGUUCAGCAGUAUACUUCUAUGAAUACAAUGUUCUUUCAAAGCCAGUAGAUAAACCUAGGCAGUGUCUUCCAUAUGCAAUAGUAACAGUAAAAUUUGUUGGUCAAAAAGUAGAUAAUGGGCACUUAAUGACAUCUUUGAGAUUCCUCUCAACAGGAAUUCCUAAGAGGGCUGAAAGAACAUGUUCUCUGAAUAACUGUACAGUGGCCAAAAGAAUUGGAAAAGGAAAAGAUGCUACUGUCAUCUUUGAGCAUUUCAGGAAACCUGUAGACCCAUUUGUUCAGGAAAACUGUUCAUGCAAUGCACUAAAUUCAGAGAUAAAUCCUUCCAACAAUAAUUCUAAUUCUUAUGGAAAUGUGCAAAAUGGAAACAUUUCUAUAUUUGAAACAUACAGUGGACAGACAGAACACAAUUUAGUGGAAAGUAGUGACACUUCUGAAGUACAUGCACAUGAUUCAGAUCUUUCAUUUAUGCCCAUUGAUACCAGAAAAAGCAUUAAUAGUGACCUCUUGUUAAACUUGACGUAUCUUAAAAAUAUUUUAAGUGGUAUUUCUGCUGCUUUUCCCAUUCACAACAAUAUUGGCUCAAGUACAGUUAUUACUUCAAAGCACAUCAAAGACCCAAGACUGAUGAGGAGAGAAGAAAGCAUGGGAAAACAGAAUAAUUUGACAGAUUUAAAUGAGAUUUUGCCAUUUGAGAAGAGUUUGGGUUAUGUUAAUUCAGAACUAAACCUGUCAUCUAUGCCAACUAAUUCUACCUCCUCAUCAGAAGUCAUCCCUAGUGAUCAUGCUGUUCUUACUAACUGUUUGGAUUCCCCUUGCAUCAAAAUUUCUUUUGAUGAUUCACAAUCUCAGGCUCACCACGUGUGCUCUGAGGUCUGUGAUGAUACAACUCCAAAUAAAAUUACUUUGGCAGGACAAUGUAAGGGCCAAGGCAAUUUUCCCUUCCCAACUUCCUUAUCAAAUGUAGUUUCAGAACUUAAGAACCAAAAGUACAGUGAGGAAAAAUCCAAGAAAUCCCAACAGAGAAGCAACAUCCCACUUUUACUUAAACAAAACAGUGAAUCACGUAACUCUCGUGAAUCAGUUAAUACUUGUUCAGAAGGGUACAAUACUCAUAACUCUCAGGAAUCACACUCUUCCAAUUUAAAAACUAUAUGUCAAAGUGGUCACCAAAUGCCUACAGUUUCUCUACUCCAAAAGAAGGAAAGCAUACGUAAGUGUAUUAAAAAUACUGGAAAGCUGGAAAACCUCAAGACUGACCCAGAAGACAAUUCUGAAGAUGGAAGAAAGCAAAAUUUGUGGAAAUUUGAAUAUUGUUCUACUGAUGAAACAAGUAACAGUCCAAUCGAUAAUUACAUUCCAUUGCUCAAAGAAAGUGAGAGUCUUGAUUCUUCUGGAAAAAACUGUGAUAAAAUAUUAGUUACUCAAGAGUUAGAAAUACCAAAAUCUUGCGUAUCUGUCACAGAGGAUAAGGAUGAACUAGAUAAUGCAGCAAUGGAAUUAGAAAAUCAUCUUGCUCCAUGUGUCGAGAGCCUGUCACAAAAGCAUCUUCAACAUUCUUUGAAGUAUGGAAAUAAUAACAUUAAUACAAGUUUUGCCAUUACUCAAAAACUAAUGGAACCAGAAAUGGAAAAAACAAUUCAAAGUGGUGUUAGCAUUAUGACUGAUGCUUUCCAGGACACAAAAGACAACCCCCAGGCCAACGAACUGCUGACUGAUACAGUUUUUUCAUCAUAUGACAUUGAAGCAGCGCAUGAUAAUUCCAAUUGUAACAUAACUAGAGAACAUAUAUGUGUCUCUAGGAAAAAUGAAAAUGAGUCAGUGUCAUUAGAGAGCAUUCAAAGAGACUUCAAAGAAACUCUUCAUAUUGAAUGUGAAGAUCAGAGUCACCCUCUGUUCUGUGAUACACAGUUGAACAAUGAUAUACACCUGAAUAUUGAUUUCAAAGGACAAAAGGAUGAUAAAGAUAAUGAAAAUGAGGACAAAGAGAAUGAUAUUGCUUUGUCUACAGAAAACAGCAUAAAGAACGUAUAUGGAGAUGAGAAGCAGGGUUUUCAUACAAACAAAUUUGUCACCAAUGUAGAUGAGAGGAGGGAGAGUAAAAAUUGCAGCGAUGUGGAAAUUCUUGGUUCUGAAGGAUUUUCUAGUAUGUUUAACUUGACUUGGAGAGAACCAUAUGUAUCAACAGAAAAUACAUUAUUGGAAAGUGAAGAUACUGUCACUGCCUUAAAAGAAAAAAAUACUCAAAAUAAUGGAAGGAGUCUAGAGCAUUUGGCUUCCACAAAGCUUUCUGAAGUUGUAGAUUCUUCAGUGUAUGUAGCCUCAAAUGGUGCAGUACAGAUAGCUAGUACUACUAUACCUCCAUUAAGCACAAAUCGUGAAGAUCACCAAAGAGACCAGUUUAAAAAAACUUGUUCUCCUGAGAGUCCAGAUUUUGGUUUGUCAGUAAAAGUUAGGGUUUCUGAUUGUGAAAAUGCUAUGGAUAAAAAUAAGUUAGAGGACUCAUUUCAUCAAUCCAUAAUAAAUGAGGACGCAGUUAUUCAAAGUUUGGAAUUGGAAAAUGAGAUUGAAGUAGGAUCAGAACCAUGUGAUGAUUCUUUUCUGUUUGAACAAGAUACACGUAGCCAUGAAAAUGUACUUUAUGAGGAAUUUGGGGCCCCUUAUGAAGCUCUGAAGUCUCGUAUUGAUUGGAAAGCUCUAUUAGGAAGCAGUAACUGGGAGAUGGAAGUUUUGAAAAGUACCACGAGAAGGGAGUAUAGAGAUCAGUGUUACUCUGAUGAAAGUAGUUGUUUUUCUUCACAGAAAAAUAAAGCAAAGCUCCCCAACCCAAUUUUACUUCCAGAUCUACAAGUUAGAAUUACUAAUAUAUUUCAGCCAGGAUUCAGCCCUACUGCUCACUCCCUUGCAUUGAAAGAUAAUUUUUGCAAAUGUGUAAUGGAAUCUGUGGAAUCAGAAAUAAACAAGGAGGAGGAGAAAGUUCCAGGAUUUGAAAUUUAUUCCCAGUCUUCAGGCAAAAAUUCAGAUUAUCCAUGUGAGAAUGAAUAUGAUAAUAUAAGGGAAGAAUCAGGACUAGUGAGUAAAUCUGAAAUUUCCCAUUCUUUUGACUUGAAUCAUAAUUCACAAGUGAAUCACAUAUCUGAAGAACAAAACAGUGACUCUUUGUUAACUGAACCUUCUAAUAUCACAACAAUAAAUAAUGAAAGCUCCUCUGCAAAAUCAAAAACUGUCUGUAAUGAUACUAGAAGUAAAAAGCACUUGGAAUCAAGAAUUAGCAAAAGAAAGCUACACAUAUCUUUUGGGAACCAAAGCGUAUCACAUAAAGAUUUAAGACAUCAAGAAAUUUAUGGGAAAAAGAGGAGGCUUACUAGUCAAGACUCAUCUGAAUGUUUUUCUUCAUUAUCCCAAGGAAGAAUUAAAACAUUUUCACAGUCAGAAAAGCACAUUAGAAGUGUCUUGGAUAUUCUAAGUAGUGAAGCAUCUUUAUGCAAAAGCAAACGUCUUUCCAGAAAACUUGACAGAGCUGUUCUUCACUUAAAAAAAGCUCAUAGAAGAGUGCACACAUCUUUGCAGCUUAUAGCUAAAGUGGGAGAAAACAGGAAGGGCCCAUUACCAAAAUCAUAUGCAAUAAUUUGCAAUAAUUUCUGGGAAAGUUGUGACCUUGAAGGUUAUAGUUCCAUGUCAGAAAGAAAAUAUUAUUCCACUAAGCAAUUUUUGUCAAAAAGAAAAAAGGACGGACAGGGAGAAAAAAGAGCUUUAGGAUUUGAUGUUGGUGAAUCAUUAACUUGUGUGUCAAAACCCAAGUCUUACAAAAGAAAUGAAGAGAGAAUCACAGAAUGCUUUUCUAAGGAAAAUGUGACCAGCAGUGUCUCCAGAAGUCACACCACUAUUGAUAUGAAAGAAUUUUGUGAUCAAGAACAACAUCCUAAAUCACAGUCACCCCUAUCCACAAUGUCCCAGAGUACAUCUCUCUCAGUAUAUGAUAAUAGUAGUAUGAGAAAUCCACCAUCAUCAGAACUUCAGCUCUUUACUGGAAAAACUGAGUGUCUGUAUUCCCCAGACUACCCAGAUGAAAAACUACCUGAAAAAGAAAAUCAAAUUGGUACGAACUUUUCAUCUAACACUGGAAAAUUUGAAAAGCUUGAGAACCAUUCAUCACAUAAUGAUUUUAAAGAUGAAACAAAAGAAAUCAAUUCCGAGGCUAACAAAGUAGUAAAUAAAAGUAAUUCAGUAUCUUUAAGCAGCAUAAAAGAAAACAAUGUACGUUUUAGUACAGACAAAAAUUAUGAGGCAUCUUGUAUAACUCACACAGAGGUGAAAACUGACAUACUUAUUUCAGUCCUAGAAUCCAGUGUAAAGCCCUUUUUAAAUGUUAAUGUGUACAAACCAGAUAACCUUAUUUUUUCUGGAUGUAAAAGAAAGCUCAAUGUGAAUUUUCCUUUAGAAAAAUGGGCAGCUCCAGCUAAGAGUUCCAUACCAACCAUUAUUACAGGGAACUUCCUCAUUGACCCAUUAAACCUGAUAGCAAGUGAAAAUUAUAACAGUAUUCCUCAAUUAUUAUCAGCUGCUCCAGUAAAAGCUAGUGAGGGAGAAUCUUCAAACUCUUAUUUGGAUAAACAGGGAAUUUUUGCUAUAGAUUCUUUAGCAACAUCUGCUGUAUCAUGUAAUCAGCAGGAAUGUGGUGGAAAGGAGUUUCCAAAAACAGAACAAUGCUCUUCAAGUAAUUGCUUCCAAAUAGAUGAUAAUGAAACAAAUAUUACGGAAGAUUCUGAGUUGGCUCUAACAUCAGUAAUUGAAGAAAAUAAAAGUUAUGAGGCAAAUACGAUGAAGAAACUACUUUCCAGUGAUAGUUCUCUGCUCUUAACAGGAAACACAAAGGGUGCUUCAAAAUUUUUCGCAAAGCAAGACAUUCAGGACAGAAAAACCUGUAAAGUUAAACAAGCAGAAAAAGCAAAAGAUUCCGUUGGAGAUGUAUACCACAAAAAAAGCAUGAGUGCAGGAUCAGCUGUUAAGACUGAGUAUAAAAAUCCAAAGAAAAAGAUAUUAGAAAAAGAAUCCUAUUUAAGUGAGAAAACAAUUAAAAAUAACUUGAUUGAUUCUCAUCUAAACAUUAGAAAUACCACAUCUACUGAGGCAAUUUCUUUGAAUAACACAGUUCCUAAUCACCCUAACGAAAGAGAGAAAGAGGGUAAAGUUAAAGUUAAUAAAGACUCUCUGUCUGACUUGACAUCACAUUCAGAAACAACCUGUAGUUUCAAACCAGACAUAGGAAUUAAUCAUAUGCCUGUUUCACAUGCCCACUCUGAAACUUCUAAAGUCACUCCUUCGAAGAAGCCUACUUCAUACAUGAAUGAAUUCAAAGAAAAACGCUCAGCUAAUUAUACCUCUUUUAUGGGUAAGUUCACUCCCAUUUUGCAGAGGGCAGAUAAAACAUCAUCUUUGCAGAUUCUACAGGAAGAAACUAAGGUUUGUGAAAAUAUUCUCCCUUUCUUUGUUGAAGCUUUUGAAAGAAAGCAAGAAUGUUCACUUGAACAAAUUUUGAUUUCUCGAGAACUGUUGGUAGGACAAAACCUGUGGAAUAAUUGUAAACACAAAUUAAAACCAUGUGCUGUUGACUCUUUGGUAGAACUCCAAAUGAUGAUGGAAACUAUUCAGUUCAUUGAAAAUAAAAAAAGGCUUUUAAGAGGUGAACCAAGAUUCCGAAGCUUGCUUUGGUAUGAUGAGACAUUGUACAGUGAGCUACUUAGUGGACCACGUGGAUAUCAACAACAAUCCAAUUUCUAUCCUGCUUUUCAAGGAAGGUUAAAAUAUAAUGCGUUCUGUGAGGUACAGAACUAUCAUGAUCAGUUAAUUGAAUUGUUUGAAGAAAGCAAAAGGGAAAAUAAUUCAUACUAUGCAUUCUUAAAAUACAAACGACAGAUUGAUGAGUGUGAAGCAAUAAUGAAACAUUGUUCUGAUUGCUUUGACUUUUCUCUUUCCGUUCCAUUUACCUGUGGAGUUAACUUUGGAGAUAGUUUAGGAGAUCUAGAAACCGUAAGGAAAAGUACUUUAGAGCUGAUUAGUGUAUAUGGGGACUCUUCUAAAGUUCAUUCGUAUCCAGGAAAACAAGACCAUCUGUGGAUUAUCAUAGAAAUGAUCUCCUCAAAAGUUAAUUUUAUCAAGAGCAAUGAGGCAGUAAGUAUUAGAAUAUCUCUUUAUGGUCUGGAACAUAUCUUUUUUGAUGCUGCAAAAAGUCUUGUUUGGAAGGAGAGAAAACAAUCUUCAAGCAGAAAAUACUCACAAAAGAAGAAAAAAGAAGUGCUACUCAAAAUGAAUCAAGAUGCUUUUUCUAAAUUGCAGGAAAUGUAUGAUACAUUGUUUAAAGAUUUAGGAAAUGAACAUGUUUCCAAUAUUGGACUUGAGGAUACUAUGAUUUCUUUCGGAAAGUCAGAUGAUCUAAUAAACAAAGCAUCAGCUAGCAUAGAAAGCUAUAGGUUUAACAGUACUUUGCUUUCACACCCAGAUAUUUGUUGUAUUAGUGAAAUAUUGGAUCAAGCAGAAUAUGCAGACUUCAAAAAAUUACAGAAACUCACUUUGAGAUGCACAGAUCACUUAGAAACUUUAAAAAAAUACUUUCAGAUGUUGCAAGAAGAUAACAUAGAUAAUAUUUUCAUCACAGAGGAAAACGUUUUGGACAUAAUGAAAAACCACAACCGUGGGGCUAUAAUUUUAAAGCCUGAAACUAUUGAAACAUAUGUUGAAAUCAUCAUGCUCUCAGAAACAGUUUAUUUUCUUAAAAACUCGAUGGCAAAGAAACUAGACAAACAGAGGUUUCGAGGUAUGCUUUGGUUUGAUUUGUCACUUCUUCCUGACCUGGUUCACUGCCAAGAAAAAAUGGCUUCUUUUUCAUUUCUUAAAGAUAACUCAACAGAUUGCCUUUGGAAAGUGAUAGAGACUGCUAUUUCUGAACUUAAGAAAGAUCUGGAUAUUAUCCACAAAUAUGAUGAUGCCAUUAAUUGCUCAUAUGCUCUUCAUUUGCUCUCAAGAGAACUUGAAGAACUUUCAGAAAUAAAAGAACUUCUGAAGAAGUCUAAAUGUUCUGUUCCCACAUAUAUCGACUUUGUGCCAUGCAUAGCAUCCAUAAAUUAUGGAAGCACUGUGACAGAGUUAGAAUACAACUACAAUCAGUUUUCUACGCUGCUAGAAAAUGUAACGGCUGCCCCUCGGAAAGAUUUAGGAAAGAUGGCCCAUAUUAUGAAAGUUAUGAAAACUAUUGAACAUAUGAAGAUUAUAUGCACUAAAAAUGCUAAAUUAACUGUUUCCUUUAUCCUAUACCAAAUGUUGUAUAAUAGAAGGAAGGCUUCCCAACCGAAAAGAGAAGAAAAGAUGAAUAUUCAUGUUAUAAAACCUGGGAAGAGCAUCAGUAAAUCCACUUGUAUAAAGGUACCCUCAAUUCCAGAGUGCAUAAUCAAAAACGUUUCAAAUUCUUCUAAAAAACGACCUAUCACUGUAGAUGUAUGUGAAGAUUCUCAGGAACAAGAGAAAAAUACUACUCUUCCCAGUUGUAAAAAGCAAAAGGUUACCAUGAAUGAUGUCAUAAAAAUCAACAAAGAAAAGGCAUUUUUCAAGAAUCCAAGGACUACAAAAUCUCAUCCCCAAAAUGAAAACGAAAAAGGACCAAGUUCAUGUGACAAUGUGAAAAGAAACCAUGUAUCUCCAGAAAAAGCUGAAACGCAACAGUCACAGCCUGUCUCACUUUUAGACUUAAAGAACCUUAAAGUCAAUUACAUGUCAAAGUCAGAAAGUGAAAUAAAUUUAACUAAUGUUUCAUCUGACGCUUCAGAAGACUUCACUGGGCAACAGAGAAAUUUAAAUAGCAUGAAGAAAAGAAAUGUGAAUUUUGGCACUGCUAAAACUAAAAGUUAUAGGAAAGAUUGUGCUGUUUGUGACCAAAGAAGUGUAGACAGGCCGUUUUCAGAAGACCACGGGACACCUUCAUGGAAAUUUCUUAAAAAUUCCCCAGAUCCUGCACAGAAUUCUUGUACUUCAAACAUAAAAUCAGAAACUGAUGCUUCUUUUCAGCCUAAUACAUCAGUGCUCUCAAAGCCCAUUUUCCAUUUUGUGAGGGAUGUCCCUACAGAUCUAGACAGGAAUGACAUUGUCUUUGAACUUCAAGAUAAUGAAAUAUUAAAUUCACUUAUUAAAAAUUCUACAUGCACCAAUUCUCCAGAACUCUUAUCUAUCCAGAACAAAAUUCCUGUUCCGCAAAUAAACAAAACACAGCCUUCAAACACUGAGUCAAAGGAAGGAUGCUUGAAGGAUACAUUGACUCCCAGUACUAUGCCUGUUGGAGUAUCUGAAUAUGUAACCCUUAAUGCGAAUCAAGCAACGGAGCACUCAUUUUCUGAACAACAGAGGAAUUCAAAAGCCCUAAAUGAGAAUUCUGUUGCAUAUUGGAAUGAACUUCCACAGUCUGCAUAUUCUCCAAUAUAUAAUUCUUCUGAACAGUCAUUUGGAAAUUCCUAUCCUUAUUAUGCCUGGUGUGUUUAUCAUUACAGCAGCAGCUAUGAUAGUUCCAUUACCCAGACAUACCAUGGGAUAACUUCCUGUGAUACACAGCCACCACCUUCUGGGAUGUUGACUACGGUUACAAGUACUGUCCAAAACAUGUAUUCUAAUCAUAUUUAUUCUCAAUAUUUUGGUUGCUUUGCUGGGGAGACACAAGCAAAUGACUUUGUGCCAGUGAAUGGGUAUUUUGAAUCUCAAAUGCCUAUUUCUUACAAUUUUCAGCAGUCAAUUUUUCCACAGUAUCUUUUUCAUCAACCUUUACCACAAGCUGCAUACCAUUACUCUCCCAAUCCAGGUGUGCUUCCAGAAGUUCCUUGUACUUACGCUCCGUGGCAACAAGAACCCUUUCAGCCAGGACAUUGAAAGUAGUCUUCUGUCUACUGAAAUAAAGGAAAUUUAACAAGUUUUUCCAAGUAUUUUUCUUACAUAUAUUUUUAUUUUAACAUUUAACAUGUUUAAAUAUAGUAAACAUGGUAGGAAAUAUAAAUCACUAAGCACUCUAUAAAAUCUUUCAUUGCAACAGUGUAUCACAUAAGACAGUAGGAAAUCAAUUUCUAACAUCUAAAAUGCCAAAAUUAUUUCCAUGCAGUUAUUUCAGUGAACUGUACUAGGCUAUUAUUUUUAAUAGUCAUCAGAAACAUUAACAUAAUAUUUUAAAAUUUAUUGUUUGAAAUGUUGCUAUCACAUUUAUUACACCUAUAUAAAGAUUUUCUUUGAGAUUGUUCUACUGGAGUAAAGGGAGUAAAAACAGCAUUUCAUAUGAUUAAGGUUAAGCAGUAGUAGUAAAAUCUUUAAGACAAGAGUCUUUGUUUCUGGUAUUUUGGUAAAUUGUUUCUGAUGUUUUGUGAUACAUUGUUUAUGGUGUUAUACCAUUUGUUUUAGGUAAAAGUAGGAAUUUUUUUCUUGGAUUGCUCAUCAGGCCAAGAAUUUCAUUAUUCUUGAUACUUUAUUCAUGUAAUUUAUAAUUCUGUGUCUGACAUGGCAAAUUUUUUUAUUUCAAUAUUUUAUCAUUUUUACUAGUAAAACGUUUUUAAUU